AUGGCGACCGCGCGGCAAGCGGCCGCGGCCGUCGCCUCCGGCAGCCACGGCCACCCGGUGCACCACGCGCACCUCGCGGCCCUCCUCAACCCCUCCCCGCGCUCGCCUCCCCUGCCGCCCCCGCUCCGCCGGCGCCACCUCCCGCUCUCCCUUCCCGCGGCCACGCGCCUCGCCGCCACCUUCCCGCCGCUGCCGCUCCUCCUCGCCCUGCUCUCCGCGCUCCGCCUCCUCCCGUCCCCGCCGCCGCCGCGGCCCUUCGACGCGCUCAUCAAGUCCUACGCCUCCCUCUCCUCCCCCACCCUCGCCGCCGCGGCGCUCGCGUUCGCCAGGUCGGCCGGGUACGCGCCCUCGCUGCCCGCCUACAACGCGGUCCUCCUCGCGCUCUCCGACGCCUCGCUCCCCUCCGCGCGCCGCUUCCUCGCGGGCACCAUGCUCCGCGACGGCGUGGCGCCCAACGUGUACACCUACAACAUCCUCGUCCGCGCGCUCUGCGCCCGCGGCCUCCGGGAGGAGGCGCUCGGCGUCGUGGAGGGCGACAUGCGCGCCGCCGGGUGCGCGCCCAACGUCGUCACCUACAACACGCUCGUCGCGGCCUUCUGCAGGGCCGGGGAGGUGGGCGGCGCGGAGAGGCUGGUUGGCGUGAUGCGGGAGGGCGGCGUGAGGCCCAGCCUGGUGACCUUCAACACGGUGGUGAACGGGCUGUGCAAGGCCGGGAGGAUGGAGAACGCGCGCAAGGUGUUCGAUGGAAUGGUGAGUGAGGGCCUGGCCCCCGAUGGGGUCAGCUAUAACACCUUGCUGAGUGGGUACUGCAAGGCCGGCUGCUUGCAUGAGGCGCUGGCCGUGUUUGCGGAGAUGUCGCAGAAAGGGGUUGUGCCUGAUGUUGUGACGUUUACAUCGCUGAUCCAUGCGAUGUGCAGGGCUGGGAACUUGGAGCGGGCGGUGGCCCUGGUGGGGCAGAUGAGGGAGAGGGGCCUCCGCAUGAAUGAGAUCACUUUCACGGCACUGAUAGAUGGGUUCUGCAAGAACGGGUUCCUGGAUGAUGCAUUGCUUGCACUGAAGGAGAUGAAGGAAUGCGGGAUCAAGACUUCGGUGGUGUGUUACAAUGCCCUAAUUAAUGGUUACUGCAAGUUAGGAAGAAUGGAUGAAGCGAGAGAGUUAGCCAAUGAAAUGGAGGCUAAAGGAGUGAAGCCUGAUGUUGUGACAUAUAGCACGAUUCUCAGUGGAUACUGUAAGAUUGGUGAUACAGAUUCUGCAUUCGAACUGAAUAGGAAGAUGCUGAAGAAAGGUGUGAUUCCUGAUGCAAUCACCUACUCAUCCCUCAUAAGGGGUCUUUAUGAGGAGAGAAGACUCAGUGAUGCGUGUGAACUCUUUGAGGAGAUGCUUCAACUGGGCCUUCGUCCUGAUGAAUUUACUUAUACAACUCUGAUUGGUGGUCAUUGCAAGGAAGGGGAUAUUGAGAAGGCCCUGUCUCUUCAUGAUGAGAUGAUAAAGAAAGGAGUUCUCCCUGAUGUUGUGACAUACAGUGUACUUAUAGAUGGGCUUAGCAAGUCAUCACGUACAAAGGAAGCACAGCGGUUACUCUUCAAACUAUACUACGAAGAUCCUGUUCCAGACAAUAUUAAGUAUGACACCCUAAUGCAUUGUUGCAGGAAAGCUGAGUUUAAGAGUGUGGUGGCUCUUCUUAAGGGAUUUUCCAUGAAAGGUUUGAUGAAUGAAGCUGACAAAGUUUACCAGUCAAUGCUGGACAGAGAAUGGAAGCUUGAUGGGUCGGUGUAUAGUGUACUUAUUCAUGGGCAUUGCCGGGGAAAAAAUGUUAUGAAGGCUCUCGGCUUCCAUAAGGAAAUGCUGCGGUGUGGUUUUCCUCCUGAUUCAACUAGCACUAUUUCACUGGUUAGGGGUUUAUUUGAAGAAGGGUUGACUGGGGAAGCAGAUACUGUGAUCCAGGAGUUGCUGAAUUGCUGCUCGCUGGCAGAUGCAGAAACAUCGAAGGCUCUUAUUGAUCUCAAUCGGAAGGAAGGUAACAUGGACGCUGUGGUUGAUGUUCUCCGUGGCAUGGCAAGGGGUGGGCUACUUCCAAGCAGAGGGUGAAUUGUGUUACGUAGAUACCUUUGCUCUAUUUGCGGGGUACUAAAUUUACACAAUGGCCACAGAUCUAUUUAGAGCACUUCUUGGAUCAUGCCUACCUUGCAAUGAAUCACAAUGGUGCUCAGUUCUUCUUCAUGGGCGUACCCAGUGCUGAAAGAUCCCACACAUUGUGGGGUCUGGGGAAGGGAAUUUCGAGGCAGCCUUUCCCUUGCUUUUUAUGCAAAGAGGCUGAUUUUGGAAGCUGUCCUGUUUAAUGUGAAUUUCUAGGCAGCCUUCUUCAUGCUGCAGGGUAAUGUGAAUUGAGCAACUAAUUGAUCUC